CACCGGUCUGAGCACCGCAGCCACCAACAGCAGCUACUGCAGCCUGCAAUGUGGGGAUAAAGGUAAAUGAUGAAAUCACAUUCAGUAAUCAUCAGUUUUCUGAAAUGAUGACAGUUCUAUUGACAGACAAACAUGCCCAAACUAUAACAGUGUGACAUAAUAGGCAGUGCUCUUAUGAAGCCUUAUUGUUAUCCUAUUGACUUGCAUGACCACCUGUUUACUCCUCUUAUUGACAACAACUUCACCAGAACCUCCCCCCCUUUUCUUUUUUUCAGGAAUAACCAACUAAGUGAUCUACCAUCUGAAAUGAAGAACUUAAUUAAGUUACGCUCCAUUAUCCUUAAUUACAACAGGUUCAAGUCCUUCCCUGAAGUCCUUUAUCAGGUCCUUUCCCUAGAGACUGUGUUGCUUGGUAAUAACCAGGUGGGUGGAGUGGACCCUUGUCGUCUGAUGAAACUGGUUCAUCUGUCAACACUGGAUCUGUCAAACAAUGACCUGCUGAACAUCCCUCCUGAACUGGGCCUGUGUACUAGCCUUAGGUGUCUCAGUCUGGAGGGUAAUCCUUUCCGCACACCUAGAACAGCCAUUGUGGCCAGAGGAACGGAUGCAGUGUUGGAGUACCUGCGCAGCCGCAUACCUACAUGAUCCAGACCUCACCUGAGAGAGGUCCGCCACCAUGAUCAAGAUGCAGCCUUUUUGGAUCUGCCAUUUCAUAAUUUUUAUGAAUUUUAAACACUUAUGCAAUUAAAAGUUCGCCUUUUUGUGUAAAAAUUGAAAUGACAUCACACAGUCAGCUUUCAGAAAAUGACUGAAUUUCAGUUUCAGCUGGUCUGUAUUAGAUGGAUGUGUGUUGGAACUUGAUUCAUAUUUUUGGAUAAUCAUAUACAAAGUGAUGCCUACAGCUGUGAUUGAAAUUAUUGCCAAGGGCACCUCUCUUAAUAAAGCAGUGUGCAAUAAUUAUGAA